GUGUCACCCAGGGCGGGAAAAUAUCCUUGUCUUCCGCAUGUAAAAUAUCACUGUCCAGUGUGAAGCCCAGCAAUUUUGUUUCAUUUUAUUCAGGACACACUUUAGAUUUAAAAAAGCAAGCCAAGCCGGUCUGGAGACGAGUUUGCGCCACGUCGUUAACAGAGCAGCACGGAAUCAUGCAAGCAUUUUUGAAAUCAACAACGAGACCCCAGAAAGACAAGUGUGCUUCCGUUUCCAGCAUUGAGAAGAAAGCGAAGCUGACUCCAUGGGUUGAAAAAUAUAGGCCAAAGUGCGUUGAUGAAGUCGCCUUUCAGGAAGAAGCUGUAGCGGUUCUCAAGAAGUCACUGGAAGGAGCAGAUCUUCCAAAUCUACUCUUCUAUGGUCCACCUGGAACAGGAAAGACCUCUACCAUAUUAGCUGCUGCGAGAGACCUUUAUGGCCCAGAACUAUACAAGCAGAGGGUGCUUGAGCUCAAUGCUUCGGAUGAAAGGGGCAUUCAGGUCAUCAGAGAGAAGGUCAAAAACUUUGCUCAACUCACUGUUGCGGGGACUCGGCCAGACGGGAAGCCGUGUCCUCCUUUUAAGAUCAUCGUCCUGGAUGAAGCCGACUCCAUGACCGCACCAGCUCAGGCCGCGCUCAGAAGGACAAUGGAAAAGGAGGCCCGCACCACACGUUUCUGUCUCAUUUGUAACUAUAUCAGCAGGAUCAUUGAUCCCCUCACUUCCAGAUGUUCCAAGUUUCGUUUUAACCCCCUUGCCGAUCACGUACAAGAAGAGCGUCUGCUGGAGAUCUGUGAGAAGGAGAACCUCAAAUACACAAAAGAGAGUAUCUUAGCACUGGCGAAGGUGUCAGAGGGAGACCUGCGCAAAGCCAUCACUUUCCUUCAGAGUGCUGCACGACUCGAUGCCAACGGUGAGAUUACAGAAGUUGCCGUCAUGGAAAUAGCUGGGGUUGUUCCUACCGAUAGGAUCAACAAUUUGCUUCAGGUCUGCUUCAAAGGAAGUUUCGAGAAACUCGAGUUGACAGUCAGGAGCGUGGUGGAUGAAGGCUACACAGCCACGCGGGUCCUGAGUCAACUUCACGACCGUAUCGUUGAGCACGACUCGAUGAGUGACGAGCACAAGUCUGUCAUCGCUGAAAAAAUGGCGGUGGUGGACAAAUGCCUGGCUGACGGUGCCGACGAAUACAUGCAGCUCCUCAGUCUAUGUUCGGUAAUGUUCAGCUGUGAAGUAGUUCAGACCCCCUGAUCCUUGAUUUCUUUCUUUUCUUUUCUUUUCUCGUGUUGAACUCAAUCCCAAAUGCUUUGACUAAUAAAGUAAUUGUGCUCAUGAGA